UCACAUCUUUUUAAUUCACUGAUGAAUAUAAAUUUGAUUAGAGCAAAAGUGUGAAUCACAAGCGUGUUUAUGGUGCGCACAAAUUUUUCGAGUCUUGGGAGGUAUUCGGGUUUCCACCCUAUCCCAGAUAUAGAGCUUUUAAUCGUUAUUACUUUUAAAGGAUCCACUUUUAAUUACUUAUGAUAAAUAAAAAGAAGAAAGGGUAAGAAGAGUAAAAAAUAAAUAAAUAAAUUGAUAACUGUUGUAUUCGAGAUUUGGUUACCUCUUGGUAAACCCCAAGCCUGCCCCUUCCAUCCAAAUGAACUCUUCACACGCUCACAUAGUUUUUCUUGUUUGCAUAUGCAUAACCGCUUUCAGAUGCCCCAAAUCUAUUGAAGAUCCACUCUCGUAUCUCUUGAACAUAUUACUAUCAACAUUUCAUACUAAGAAAGUGAGAAAAUCAAUUGAUGCCUGA